AUGCAGGGCCGUGCUGGCAAAGCCCCUAAGAGGGAGAUGGUGAUAGAGUCUCCGCAGCAGUAUAAAAGCUUGGCUGAGAUUGAGGCGGAGGUGGAGGCUGGGUCACAGGUGGCAGUAAAACCUAAAAUCAUAGAGCCCCUGGACUAUGAGAAUGUGGUGGUGCAGAGGAAGACUCAGAUCAUCAGCGACGUCCUACGGGACAUGUUGCAGUUCCCACCUGAGGACUUCCAGAUCUCCACCCUGAGGCGCCAGGGCAGGACUCUGUUUUCCACUGUGCCAGAGUAUGCCGAGAAGGAGGCUCACUCUCUGUUUGUCCAAGAGUGCAUCAAAACCUACAAGUCGGACUGGCACGUGGUCGAUUACAAGUAUGAGGAAUAUUCGGGAGAUUUCCGCCAGAUUCCAAAUAAGGUGUCAAGGCCGGAAAAGCUGGCAGCACACCUGUUUGAGGUGGACGAAGAUGUGGAAAAAGACGAGGACACCUCCUCCCUGGGCUCCCAGAAGGGGGGGGUGUCCAAACACGGCUGGCUGUACAAAGGCAACAUGAACAGUGCAAUAAGCGUUACUAUGCGGUCCUUCAAGAGGAGAUAUUUCCAUCUGGCUCAACUGGGAGAUGGUUCCUACAACCUCAACUUCUACAAAGACGAGAAGACGUCAAAGGAGCCCAAAGGAACCAUCUUCCUUGACUCCUGCAUGGGGGUCGUUCAGAACAGCAAAGUACGUCGGUUUGCCUUCGAGUUGAAAAUGCAGGACAAAAGCACGUAUCUGCUGGCCGCCGACAGCGAAGGAGAGAUGGAGGAGUGGAUCGGCACCCUCAACAAGAUCCUCCACAGCAGCUUCGAACAGGCCAUGCAGGAGAAGAGGAACGGAGACAUGCACGACGAUGACGAGCUCGCAAAAACAGACCUCUCCUCUGGAAAUUUCCAGGACAGUUUUCAGAGUGCCAGAGAUAUUGAGUCCAAGAUGAGGAGUGAAACCCGCCUUAAACUAUUCACCUUGGACCCCGACACACAGAAAUUGGACUUCUCAGGGAUUGAGCCUGACGUGCGGCAAUUUGAGGAGAAGUUUGGCAAGAGGGUCCUGGUCAGCUGUCACGACCUUUCCUUCAACCUGCAGAGCUGCGUGGCCGACAAUGAAGAGGGGCCGACAACAAAUGUGGAGCCUUUCUACGUGGUGCUGUCCCUCUUCGACGUUCAGAACAGCAGAAAGAUCUCAGCCGACUUCCACGUGGACCUCAACCAUCCCCUGGUGCGACAAAUGACCUCCACAACGGGCUCCGGCGGCGGGACGGACACUCACAUCAACGGGGGCAGCAGCGACGGUCCCCUGGGGGGUCACAGACUGGCCAGCGGGCUCCCAGAGGGGGCCUUGCAGUACCCCAGACAAGGGGUGUUCUCCGUCACCUGCCCCCACCCGGAGAUCUUCCUGGUGGCCAGGAUUGAAAAGGUCCUCCAGGGAGGGAUCACCCACUGCACUGAGUCUUAUAUGAAGAGCUCAGACUCAGCCAAGGUGGCCCAGAAGGUGUUGAAGAAUGCCAAGACAGCCUGCAGCAGACUUGGACAGUACAGGAUGCCGUUUGCCUGGGCUGCCAGGCCUGUGUUCAAAGAUGCGUCGGGAACUCUGGACAAAAGCUCUCGUUUCUCAGCCCUUUACAGACAGGACAGCAGCAAGCUGUCAGAUGAAGACAUGUUCAAACUGCUGACUGACUUCAGAAAGCCAGAGAAAAUGGCCAAGCUUCCUGUCAUCUUGGGGAAUCUAGACGUGACUAUUGACAGUGUUGCCCCAGAUGUAUCCAACUGUGUCACUUCCUCUUACAUCCCCGUGAGGAACUUUGAAGGGAAUGGGCCGGGCAGUGCUCUUCUGGAGGUGGAGGAGUUUGUUCCCUGCAUUGCCAAGUGUUCCCAGCCCUUUACCAUCUACAACAACCACCUUUAUGUUUACCCCAAGCACCUCAAAUAUGAUGGGCAGAAAUCCUUCGCUAAGGCAAGAAAUAUUGCAGUUUGCAUUGAAUUCAAAGAUUCAGAUGAAGAGGAUGCUCAGCCAUUGAAAUGUAUCUAUGGUCGUCCGGGAGGUUAUCUGUUUACGAAGCAGGCCUAUGCAGCAGUGCUUCACCAUCAGCAAAACCCUGAGUUCUACGAUGAGAUAAAGAUCGAGUUGCCCACCCAGCUCCAUGAGAAGCACCACCUUCUCUUCACCUUCUACCACGUCAGCUGUGACAGCAACAGCAAGAAGAAGGAUGUGGUGGAGUCUCCAGUGGGUUCGGCAUGGCUACCUCUGCUGAGGGACGGCAGGGUCAUCAUGAGCGAGCAGCAGAUGUCUGUGGCUGCCAAUCUCCCAGCCGGGUACCUCAGCGCACAGGAUGGUGUUACCAAGCAUUCUGGUCCAGAGAUCAAGUGGGUAGAUAGCGGGAAGCCACUUUUCAAGGUCUCUACUCACCUUGUUUCCACCGUCUAUACUCAGGAUCAGCACCUGAACAACUUCUUCCAUCACUGUCAGAGCAUGGAGUCUUCAGAAUCGGCCUCCGAGGGAGAGCUGAUUAAAUACCUGAAGAGCCUCCAUGCUAUGGAAGGUCAUGUGAUGGUCAACUUCCUGCCCACAAUACUCAAUCAGCUUUUCCGCGUACUGACCAGAGCCACACACGAAGAUGUGGCUGUCAACGUGACCAGAGUGAUGGUCCAUGUCGUAGCACAGUGUCACGAAGAGGGACUGGAGCAUUACCUGAGAUCCUAUGUCAAGUUCGUUUUCAAGCCACAGCCCUUUAUGACCACCAGUGUUAAAACCGUCCAUGAGGAGCUAGCUAAGGCCAUGACGGCCAUAUUGAAGCCAUCCACUGACUUCCUCACCAGUAACAAGCUGCUGAAGCACUCGUGGUACUUCUUUGAAGCCCUAGUGAAGUCAAUGGCUCAGCAUUUGAUUGAGAGUGGAAAGGUCAAGCUCUCCCGGAACCAGCGUUUCUCUGCGUCCUUCUACCAUGCGGUGGAAACUUUGGUCAAUAUGCUCAUGCCGCACAUCACCCAGAAAUACAAGGACAAUUUGGACGCAGCUCGCAAUGCCAACCACAACUUGGCAGUUUUCAUCAAGCGCUGUUUCACAUUCAUGGACCGAGGUUUCGUCUUCAAACAGAUCAACAACUACAUGAACUGCUUCGUUCCUGGGGACCCCAAAACACUGUACGAGUUUAAGUUUGAGUUUCUGCGGGUGGUGUGCAACCACGAGCACUAUGUCCCUCUCAACCUGCCCAUGCCCUUUGGAAAAGGCAGAAUCCAGAGAUUCCAAGACCUACAGCUGGACUACUCGCUGACAGACGACUUCUGUCGGAACCACUUCCUGGUUGGGUUGCUGCUCCGGGAAGUGGGCGGGGCUCUGCAGGAGUUCCGAGAGAUCCGACAGAUUGCCAUCCAAGUGCUCAAGGGCCUUAUGAUCAAACACACGUUUGACGACCGCUAUGCUGCCAAGAGUCAGCAGGCCAGGCUUGCCACCCUCUACCUCCCCCUGUUCGGCCUGCUGCUGGAGAACGUCCACAGACUCAAUGUCAAAGAGUCGGCCCCUCUCAUUGGCAACCACAAUAAUGCCAGAGAGGACGCUCUGGGAAAUAACUCCAUGGUCACCCCCCAGAAACCUGGUGCCUGCCUGGAGAAUCCCCUUCAUAAGGAUGUGUUUGGGGUCAUUUCUGGAACAGCCUCCCCUCACACAUCCACUCCCAAUGUGGGCUCAGUUAACCACGCAGACUCCAGAGGCUCCCUGGUCUCCACCGACUCCGCAAACAGCCUGCUGGAGAAGAGCAGCGACAAGACCAACUCUCUGGAGAAGAACCAGUGUGCGUCGGCUCUGGGCAGCGCUCUACUGCGAUGUGACAAACUGGACCGCGAUGAGAUCAAAAACCUGCUCAUGUGCUUCCUGCACGUUCUCAAGAGCAUGUCAGAGGAGGCCUUAUUCACAUACUGGAACAAAGCAGCUCCCUCAGAACUAAUGGACUUUUUCACAUUGAUCGAAGUCUGCCUCCAUCAGUUCAGAUACAUGGGGAAGCGAUUCAUCGCCAGGAGCCAGGAGGGGACGGGCCUUGUGGCGUCAGACAGAAAGUCUCUGACUCUUCCUGUGUCUCGUAACAGGGCGGGGAUCCUACAUGCCCGCCUGCAGCAGCUGGGUACUUUGGAGAAUGCUCACACCUUCAACAACAUGUACCCUCACACGGAGGCAGAUGUGAGCAACCAGUGUCUGUUGGAGGCCAACGUGGCCACGGAGGUCUGUCUGACUGUGCUGGACACACUCAGCAUCUUCAUCAUGGGAUUCAAGACGCAGUUGAGUUCAGAUCUGGGGCACAACCCGCUGAUGAAGAAAGUGUUCCAGGUUCACCUGUGCUUUCUGCAGAUCCCCCAGUCGGAGGCCGCCCUCAAACAGGUCUUCACCUCCCUCAGGACCUUCAUCUACAAGUUCCCCUGUACGUUCUUCGACGGCCGUGCAGACAUGUGUGCGUCUCUGUGCUACGAAAUUCUCAAGUGCUGUAACUCCAAGCUGAGCUCCAUCCGCUCCGACGCAGCCCAGCUACUCUACUUCCUCAUGAAGAGCAACUUCGACUACACGGGCCGCAAGUCCUUCGUACGAACUCACCUGCAGGUGGUCAUUGCGGUCAGUCAGCUCAUCGCUGACGUCAUCGGCAUCGGAGGGACCCGUUUCCAGCAGUCUCUCUCCAUCAUCAACAACUGUGCCAACAGUGACAAGAAUAUCAAGCACACAGCGUUCCCAUCAGAUGUUAAGGACCUGAUGAAGCGUAUCCGGACAGUGCUGAUGGCCACGGAGCAGAUGAAGGAGCACGAGAACGAUCCAGAGAUGCUGGUGGACCUCCAGUACAGCCUGGCCAAGUCCUACACCAGCACCCCUGAGCUCCGCAAGACCUGGCUGGACAGCAUGGCCCGCAUCCACAUCAAGAACGGAGACCUGUCAGAGUCCGCCAUGUGUUGUGUUCACGUGGCUGCUCUGGUGGCUGAGUACCUGUGGAGGAAAGGUAUGUUCAGACAGGGAUGCUCGGCCUUCCGCGUCAUCACUCCAAACAUCGACGAGGAGGCAGCCAUGAUGGAGGACGUAGGGAUGCAAGACGUUCACUUUAAUGAGGAGGUGCUGAUGGAGCUGUUAGAGGAGUGCGCUGAUGGUCUGUGGAAGGCGGAGCGAUACGAGCUCAUCGCUGAUGUGUACAGGCUCAUCAUCCCCAUUUAUGAGCAGCGACGGGACUUUGAGAAACUGACUCACCUGUACGACACGCUGCACCGGGCCUACACUAAAGUUAUGGAGGUGAUGCACACCGGCAAGAGACUUCUGGGUACAUACUUCAGAGUGGCCUUCUUUGGACAGGGUUUCUUUGAGGAUGAGGAUGGCAAGGAGUACAUUUACAAGGAGCCCAAGUUUACUCCUCUGUCUGAGAUCUCCCAGAGGCUCCUCAAACUUUACUCGGACAAGUUUGGCCAGGAGAACGUCAAGAUGAUCCAGGACUCUGGCAGGGUGAACCCAAAGGACCUCGACUCAAAGUAUGCCUACAUCCAGGUGACCCACGUCACACCCUACCUGGAGGACAAGGAGCUGGAGGACAGGAAGACGGACUUCGAGAAGAGCCACAACAUCCGACGCUUCGUCUUUGAGACGCCCUUCACUGUGUCGGGCAAGAAGCAGGGAGGGGUGGAGGAGCAGUGCAAACGCCGAACAGUCCUCACCACAACCCACUGCUUCCCGUAUGUGAAGAAGCGCAUAGCGGUCAUGUACCAACACCAGACGGACCUAAGCCCUAUCGAGGUGGCCAUAGAUGAGAUGAGUGCCAAAGUGGCCGAGCUGCGGCUGCUGUGCUCAGCAUCGGAGGUGGACAUGAUCCGCCUGCAGCUGAAACUGCAGGGCAGCAUCAGUGUGCAGGUAAAUGCUGGUCCACUGGCAUAUGCCAGAGCCUUCCUAGAUAAUGGUAGUGCCAAGAAAUACCCAGACAACAAGGUUAAACAGCUCAAAGAGGUCUUCAGGCAGUUUGUGGACGCCUGCGGCCAGGCGUUGGGGGUGAAUGAGCGACUGAUCAAAGAGGACCAGCAGGAGUACCACGACGAGAUGAAAGCCAACUACAGAGACCUGGCCCGGGAGCUGUCCAACAUCAUGCAUGAGCAGAUUAACCCAGUGGAAGAUGGUACGAGGAAUGCUCUCUCUGACUCUCUGGGCAUCUUCAACGCCAUCAGCGGCACGCAAACCAACGCCAACCCACACAGUUCGACCGGCAUGCUUUGACCCGGACUCCCGGUCCGACUCAUUACCCGACGACACUGAGGACUGGUUAUGCUAGCUGCCAAUCAAAGUGGUUGCACCAGUCUGGAUGGAUUUUACCUUGGAUGUACUCUGACAUCAACCUCUUUUUUUUUUUUCUCUAUUCCCGUUCAUCCUUCGCUCUUUGAGACAGUUGGAAAAUGUGAAAUUCACCACCCCCGCAUCAGUCGGCUCAUUGCACUUGUUUCCUAUGGAGACUCCAGUGAAGACUAUUAACUUUCAACCUUUGGCAACAACACUGGCUUGAUAUUGUUGGCUUAACAGAAACUGGCCAAGUAGUAAUUGCUUGUACUUUGUUUAUGGUUUGUCUAAGCCCACUUAAGUUUGCCACAUGGGAAGCAUCCGGGUGGCGUGGCGGUCUAUUCCGUUGCCUACCAACACAGGGAUCAUCGGUUCGAAUUCCUGUGUAGCCGCCAAGCUUGGUCGGGCGUCCCUACAGACACAAUUGGCCGUGUCCGUGGGUGGGAAGCCAGAUGUGGGUAUGUGUCCUGGUCGCUGCACUUGCACCUCCUCUGGUCGG